GUGCAGCUAGAAAGAACAGACCACAAGUUUCUUGGACGUUUUAAAAAUGGCGACGAUGUUUCUUUUUCUUGCGAUGUAAAAGGUUAGAUUGAGUCGCGGGGCGUCCGAUUCUUUAGGACAAGUUUUUAAAGUCUAUUCACGAAAAAGAAGUACACGAUGGCGCAAAGCAGAUUGGAAAAAAUUGGCACGAUAUAUACCAGAGUUACCUCGCUGUUAAAAGGCAAAGCUGUAAGAGAGGAAGACAUGCCAUUGUGGGUGGCAGUGUAUGAAGCUUUUCCCCCAAAAUACGAGCCCAGAUAUGACAGACGGUUGCCAAAAAAACCAGUCAAACCUAUCUUUUACGAAGAGGAUCUUGUCCGAGCAAGGUUCCAUAGAGAUCAGAGUUUCAUACCAGCUACUAAUUUGGCAAAUGAAAAUGUAAAAUCUGCAACACAAAAUUUUUCAUCUAUAUAUAAAACAAUGAGAAAGGAGAAAGAAUUAUCAGACGAUAAUGCAUAUGAGCAGGCUAUGAAACAGUAUAUUUCUGAGGUGAAAAUAAAAAUGGAAUUGAGGAAAGAGAGUAAAUCAUCCAUAAGCUCUUAACGACUAGAAAAAUAUAUUUUUACUGUAUAGAGGAGAAUAUAACAACGAAUCUUGUUCAACAACGGUAUUUAUAUUUCGUGACAAUCAAUACAUUAAAUAACAAUGAGUUCCUGCAAAGUUUUAUAACUUAUGUCAAUGAGUACAAGACGAUAAUCUUAGUAUAAUCCUCACGACGAGUAAACAUGAAAAACGUUACAAUGAUUCCGUUAAUAUAGUGGAGAUCAAUCAUAUAGAAUUCUCAAUUGUAAUAAUUACGUUUGUUACGCAAUAUUAAUUAUUCGCCAUAAUUCAAGGCAUACUUGAUGAAUAAUUGUAUAACGCGAUACACAAUUUCUAGUUUUUUACAAAUGUCAUAUUGGAAAUAAAGAUGAUAUACAAGCUGC